CAAGCUGAAUCAAUGAAAAGGACAAGCAACAUAACAGAAUUCAUCCUACUGGGCCUGACCCAGAAUCCAGACCUGCAGAAAGUCUUAUUUGUUGCGUUUUUAAUCAUCUACUUGAUCACACUGGCAGGUAACCUGCUUAUCUCAGUCACCAUCUUCAUCACCCCAGCCCUGAGUUCUCCCAUGUACUUUUUUCUCUCCUAUUUGUCCAUUUUAGAUUGUUUCUACUCUUCUUCCAUAGCACCCAAAAUGAUCUCUGACUUGAUCUCUGAAAAGAACAUCAUAUCCUUCAAUGCUUGCAUGACCCAGCUCUUUAUUGAACAUUUCUUUGGUGGAACUGAGGUCGUCUUGUUAAUUACCAUGGCCUAUGACCGCUAUGUAGCCAUCUGUAAGCCCUUGCACUAUAUGACCCGCAUGAGCCGACCUGUGUAUGGUUUGCUCAUGGGAAUGGCUGGUGUUUUAGGGCUUCUUCAUGGAGGGAUCCAGCUUUUGUUCAUAGUCCAGUUACCAUUCUGUGGCCCUAAUGUCAUCGACCAUUUUAUGUGUGAUUUAACACCUCUCCUGGAGCUAGCCUGCAUAGACACUCACACUUUGGGGCCCCUGAUUACUGCCAACAGUGGGUCACUGUGCUUGCUUGUUUUUUCUAUGCUGGUUGCGUCCUAUGUCGUCAUCCUGUGCUCCCUCAGGACUUACAGCUCUAAAGGGCGUCGCAAAGCCCUAUCUACGUGUGCCUCUCAUGUCACUGGUGUCAUCUUAUUCUUUGUACCUUGUAUAUUCCUGUACCUAAGACCUUCAACCUCCUUUCCCAUUGACAAAGCUGUGGCUGUGUUUUGCACCAUAGUAACUCCCAUGCUGAACCCUUUAAUCUAUACCCUCAGAAAUGCAGAAGUAAAAAAUGUCAUGAAAAAGCUCUGGGAGCAAAUAAUGAAUACUGGUAAUGAAUAA